AUGUCUAACACGGCACCAUCUUCAAUACCAAAUGGAGAUGUUACAGAAAGAGAGACACAGAAAAAGGCUAGAAGACAACUAGUGAAUUGGUACGAAGAAGAAAUUCGCCCUGCUCUCCAAGAUAGAGACAAGAAGACAACGUACAAGAAUGCGUUGGAAGCUUGGGAAAAGCACGUGAAUAAAAGAACAUGGAUACAUCAUGGACUCAUCGGUCAUCGCCUCGAGCGCAAUUACCUAGAAGCAGCAGCAACUUAUGAUAUCAAAGGAAAUCGGUCCAAAGAAUCUGCGACAGUAGGGUUUGUUGAGCAAUUUAUUGCAGCUCAAUUUCCAGAAAAGCGUUUUGUAACGAAAUCGCAAAAAGGGGUUGUCCCAAAACACGGUCCAGAACACCAAGUGGAUGAUUUUCUGGCUUAUACCAAUGUACAUUUUCUGGAAACGGGAUUAAUGAUGAUUGAAGCAAAGAGACAUCCAGAAGACAAGGAAGAUAUGACAAAAGGCAGAAUGAAGGCGCUGGAGAAGCAAGUAGGAGAAUAUUGUCGCGAGUGGUUAGAGGAGAACAAAGAAAUUCCUUUUUUGUAUGCACUUACGUGUGUAUCAACACUCAUGAGAGUGUGGAUUAUGAAAAAACCUACUCGGUCACGAGAUAUGAAAAACGCCAAGCUGGUAGGAUUGUGGAGUCCGGAUCUGAAAACCUGGGAUGAAUACAAAGAUGCGGGUUUGGAUUGCGAUGCUGAUGUACUGAAAACUGCGUUUCGUCAGAUCAAGAAUAAUCCAACGGGUUCGGAUUAUGCACGUACAUCAACUAGCGAGACGGGAACGGGGGAUGAGAGAGUUGGGGGCGCGGGGGUAGGAAGGGCUGAAACUAGGGAUAGAGGUACUGAUAGUGGGGAUAGAAGAACUCGAAGAACUGAGAGUAGAGAUAGAAGAGCAAGUGCAGCUGCGAAACCUCCUCUACCCAGCAGAAAAGAAAAUAAAUCUAUUAGCGAGCAAGCCCCUCAACAGCUAAAUGCUCUACGCGCUACAGCUACAUCCUCGAAAGAUCCCACCAAUGAAUCAGCGGGCAGCCAUCAAAGACGAAGAUCUCGUCCAAGGCGGGAGCCGCGGGAACCAAUACCGAGUUCGAGUCCCGAAAUACCCACCCGGGAAUUACCAAAGCCAACUCGCCCCAGCAAUCGCCGAAAGGAAAGUGAUAAAGCAGAAGAUCCACGUACAUCAGAUUCACCGCGAAAUAGGGAAGGAAAGAAACCCGAGGACGCAAAUAAAGGCAAAGAAUCAGCCAUCACAACAACAAAAAUCUCUAGAAAACGAGCCGAUUCCCUUAGUUCUCGGCCUCCAGAUUCUCCCGAAUCCCAGAGAUCUACUUCCAGUAGUGAGAAUCAGAGGCCGCCUCCUAGAAAAAGUUCAAAGACUGCACUGAGGACGUCAGCUAAUCCUGGUAAGCUUAAGUUGAAGCCAAAGGAUUUGGAUAAAAAUGCUCGGUCGGGUAAGCCAGGUAGUGGUGCAAACGUGUAG